CUUCCAACAGCAUGCGUGCAAGCUUAAUUCUUUGCUAGCUCUAACGUUGGAAUUUAGUAUCGUUUGCCAUCUAUUUGCUCUCCGACGGGCUAAGACCGGGAGGAAGGCAUUAAAUUCUUGUUAGUCGGAAAAUUAAGACCCAUUGAGAAAAGUUAAAUUCAUAUGUUAUCAUCAAUUCAGUUUCAUCACUUGUAGAAAGUAUUUAAAUUGAUAACUCAAUCUUAUCAAAAAAAUACCAAGUUACUUAAAAUAGUAUCUUUAAUUGAACGUUUGAAACAAGAAGUGAAAAUGGUUAGUGAAACGGAAAAUGGUUCGAAUGGUGAAAUAACAAAUGGAAAUUCAACGGUUCCAGAGUGGCUUAACGAAGAAUAUUUUAAAGAUAUUCUCGAUAAAGAAUUCGGGAAACAUGAGAUUACGAAAUUUAGUGCAGAAAGUGCAACUGGUAAAGGAGAAAACUACGCAUCCCGGAUGACUCGUGUCCUAAUUGAUCUUCAGCUAGAAGAUGGUACGCCAAAAUCAGUUCGCUACAUCGUUAAAUCCCUCAUAGGAGGUGAACUUUCUCAAUCUUUCUUGGGAACCGUAUUUCCCAAAGAAAUUGAAAUGUACGAAAAAAUCGUCCCACAGAUCAACAACCUAUACAAAGAAGCCGGCGUGGAUUUUUCCGUGGGGGCAAAAUGCAUUAAAACACAAAUUGAUCCUCCAGCUAUAAUUCUGGAGGAUUUGGUAGUCGCCGGAUAUGAGAACAUCAGUCGAUUUGAAGGAAUGGACUUGGACCAUGUUCAUGUCACAUUGGAAAAACUGGCUCGUUUUCAUGCAGCAACUGCACGAAUCUAUGAGAUUAAUGGACCGUACUCAGAACACUUCAAUAAGGGUAUAUUUGGGCCGGAAAUGCUUGCAAUGAUGGAGAAAAUGGUGGCCAGUACUUGGGAGGUAAUCAAAAGCUGCAUACAGAAGUGGGGCGAUUGUGAAGUCUAUAUUGAGAAAAUGGAAAAGUUGUUUUUAAGAUUUUGUGAUCUUAUAUUAGAGGCUGAAAAAAUGGAUCCGAAUGAUUUCAAUGUUUUAAACCACGGGGACACGUGGUGUAACAAUAUAAUGUUCAAACACAACAAAGACGGAACAAUUGAUGAUUUAAAAUUUGUUGAUUUGCAAGUGUCCAAAUGGGGUUCGCCCGUCUGGGACCUCCAAUAUUUUAUCAUCUCAUCAUGUAGCUAUGAUAUAAGGAUCGAAAAAUUUGAUUACUUCGUCAAAUAUUACCAUCAACAUUUAAUUGAAAGCCUGAAGUUGUUGAAGUAUGCCGGAAAGUUGCCGAAAUUGGUUGAAAUUCAAAUUCAAAUGCUGAAACGAGGCUAUGUCUGCCUUAAUACAAUGAUUGGAACAUUAUCAGCUGUAUUACUCGAUCCCAAUGAUAGUGCAGACAUUGAAAUGUUCUUCAAAGAUUCGGACGAAUCUGAUAAAUUCAGGAAACUUGUUUAUAUGACACCACGAUAUGUGAAAGCUGCAAAGUCCAUUUUACCAUUCCUAGAUAAUCGCGGAAUUCUUGAUUUAUAAAAAAUUUGAUUAAAGUAUAAUAGAAAUAAGUUAAGUUUUAUAGAAAAAUGAGAAAUAUAAAAAAAUGUUUCAUUCAGGGCAGAGACAAGUUGUCAGAUGUUAAAUGGUGCAAAGUGUCUUUUUGAUUGGCAACAGAAAUUGAAAUCGAAACAGAUGAUUUGAACUGUACAAUUGGCAAUUAAUUUUUGAAACUUGAGGUUUUCAAAAAUUCUGCCAUAAAAUAUCAGGAAGGGAUAGCUUUCCUUACUUAUCUAUCAUCCAAGUUUAGGGAUGAAUCAAACAAAGAUACACUAAAAACUAGCACUAGUUAUAUGUUGUAAAAUGAAAUAAAUUUUGAUGUUUUCCAAAAGAUUAAGGA